AUGCUUGAGACCGAUUCAUCCUCUUCUUCCCCUCCCGUUCUCAAUGUAGAAGCCGAUCCUCGUAGUCCUUUCUAUCUAACGACUGCGGAUCAUCCUAGUGUGCUUUUCGUCAGUGAGAAACUCCACACAAGCAAUUACCAUUCCUGGAGCCGAUCUACGUUUCUUUCCUUGAAAGCGAGAAACAAGUUAGGUUUUAUUGAUGGAUCUCUUCAUCCUCCUGCUCAAACUGAUUCAUUGUUUUCUUCGUGGAGCAAAUGUGACACUAUUGUCCUCUCUUGGCUCUUAAAUUCCUUGUCUCCUAAAAUUGCUCAAAGUGUUAUUUAUAUUGAUACUUCUCGUGCGAUGUGGCUCGAAUUGAAGGAGCGUUUUUCUCAAGGGAACGGACCUCGUGUACUUGAGUUGCAGACUGCCAUCUCCGCCCUACGACAGAAUCAAAGCCAUGUAAGUACUUACUUCACUGAAUUGAAAGUGCUUUGGGAUGAACUGUUGUAUUAUCAACCUCUACCAAUGUGCAUCUGUCGAGGCUGUACAUGUAAUUCAUCCAAGACCUUUGUUGCAUAUCAUCACCAGAGUUAUGUGAUGACAUUUCUCAUGGGGCUUACUGAUGUAUUUGAUGCCGUGAGAGGCCAGAUUUUAAUGAUGGAACCUCUGCCAUCUAUUAACAAAGUUUUUAGUCUUGUUAUACAAGAAGAACGCCAAAGGCUUCUUAGUCAGAGGCAUAGUCCUUCUAUAUCUGUUGAGUCUGUUGCUUUAGCUACUAAGUCAGACACUGUAGUUAGGAAUUUUAAACUUCCUACACGUAGCAAGGUCACCUGUAGUCACUGUGGCAUUUCUGGCCAUACAGUUGAUCGGUGCUACAAAAUCCAUGGAUAUCCUCCUAACUAUAAAUUUCGAGAUAAGACUAAAGGUGUUAAUGCCACUGCCAAUGCUGUUCAGAACACUGAUUUGACUUCCUUGUCGCUUACUACGGAUCAGUGUCAACAAUUACUAGCCUUACUCAAAACUAGCUGCUUCCUUCUCCACCUUCUUCAGUAA